AUGUUCCCUUCAAAUAUCACCUUCACCAAUCAAACUCUCAUCAAUAACACCGACCUAUGUACAUUGGACACUUGUCCCAUGUACCUAGCCAACUUCACCUACGUCCCCUCCCUCGCCGGCAAUGUCCUCUACGCCGUCAUCUUCGGCAUCAUCCUCAUCGCUCAAAUCUACCUCGGCAUACGGAAGCGAACAUGGGGAUACCUGGCCGGCAUGUUCGGUGGACUCUUGCUAGAGAUCAUAGGAUACGCAGGACGGAUACAGCUGCAUUUCAACCCAUUCCCUUUCAACCCUUUCCUUGAAAACCUCAUCUGCCUCACCAUCGCCCCGGCCUUCCUCUCCGCCGCCAUCUACCUCACCCUCGGCCGCGUCAUCGUCAUCUACGGGCCCCCCGUCUCCCCCCUCAAACCGCGCACCUACAGCAUCAUCUUCGUCUCGUGCGACUUGCUCUCCCUAAUCCUCCAAUCCGCCGGCGGCGCCAUCACCGCCACCGCCGACACCGGCGACCAGACCACCCACGACCUCGGCGUGCACAUCAUGAUCGCGGGCCUGAUCUUCCAAGUCGUCUCUUUAUGCGUCUUUAUGGCGCUGUGCGCCGCCAUCUGGCUCCGCAUCUGGCGCCACCCGGACCUCGUGGCCGACGAGUCGGAGAAGCUGAGCGCGCUGCGCAAGACGCGGAUGUGGAGGGUGAUGCUGUGGGCGCUGGCGGCGGCGACGGUUUUCAUUAUCGUGCGGUCGAUUUUCCGCGUUGCGGAGCUCUGGGGCGGGUUUAAUGGCAGUCUGGCGAAUAAUGAGGCGAUGUUUAUGGUGUUUGAGGGCGCGAUGCUUGUCAUUGCUUGCUCGGCGCUGACGGUGGGGCAUCCGGGUGUCUGUUUUGAUGGGCACUGGGCGGAUGGGAAUUGGACGUUUAAGACUAAGAAGGGGGGGAAGGAUGAGGAGGCGGCGGUGCCGUUGAGUCAGUUUAGGGAGGGGCAUUAUAAGGGGGGGUAUAGGGGGAUGGGGAGUCAUGGGUCGGUGAGUGCGACGGCGUGA